AUCGGGAAAUGACUGAGAUUCCCUUUCCUUGAGUGAAGUUGCUUAAAAUUAGCUGCCAAAAAAAGGAAUCAACCACACCUCAAUUUCCGUACAGAUUUUCCGCUUUCUCCCUUCCUCUUUCCUUUCUUCCCUACACCAUUUCCAAAUUCCUUUGGUUGUAUAUAACUAGCAAAUAAACUAUAUCUUAAUCUUCACAGUUCUCCCUUGCGUCAGCACAUGUGUUCAGCUCUAUCCAUUAGCAGACUCUUUACAUAUCCACUGCCCGACUGUUAAUUUUUUUCGGGAAAAGAAUAUUGUCGAAUUUCAUCCAAUAAUCCAAACCGGUCGCGAAUUUAGCUUUUAGAAGUUGGGCCGUCGACAAAAUUUGAACUUGAUGGCUGCGAGUGCGAAUCCAUCUGCUGGUGGUGGUGGUGGUCAGAAUAAUGGUAAUAGCAACAGCAAUCACAGCAAUAAUAACGGCCAAAGAGCAAAUGGCGCCACCAAUAACGGUCUCUCCGUUCCUGAAAAUUCCGUUUUGGGGCCUAACCAGGCGGGCCUCAUGCACGACCCCGGUGUUAAUACCGACUGGACCUCCGAAGAACAGUCCCUUUUGGAAGAUUUGCUCAACAAGUAUUCAUCAGAUGGAAUUAUUGUUCGAUAUGCUAAAAUUGCUGGGCAGUUAAAUGAUAAAACAGUUCGUGAUGUAGCAUUGCGUUGCAGAUGGAUGAAUAAGAAGGAAAAUGGCAAGCGACGGAAGGAUGACCAUAAUUCAGCAAGGAAAAGUAAAGACAAAAAGGAAAAAGUUACAGAUUCUCUUCCAAAGUCUCAUGUGGGUAACCGUACAAAUGGCCCACCCUAUGCUCAGUCAGUGAUGUCCAUGGACAGUGAUGAUGGCAUCUCUUAUAAAGCAAUAGGUGGUGCAACUGGACAGCUUCUUGAGCAAAAUGCUCAAGCCUUGGACCAAAUUUCUGCAAAUUUUGCUGCUUUCAAGAUACAAGAGAAUAUAAAUCUCUUUUGCCAAGCUCGAAACAAUAUCCUUAGCAUCAUGAACGACUUGAAUGACCUGCCAGAGAUAAUGAAGCAGAUGCCGCCGCUUCCUGUGAAGCUGAACGAAGAUCUUGCCAACAACAUUCUUCCUCGGGCGUCCUUGCCUAAGAAAUCUUGAGGUGCUGGCUCUCCUCAUGUGGCUGCUCACUCAUGAUGCUUUUGACCGUGUCCCUGGAGUUGGGACCAUUGUGAUUAACAGAUAGCUAAAUAAACAGGCUAAUUAUGUCUAGUUGUUCUGCUAUAUAAAGUUUAGAUUUAAGUGAUUAUCUUGUGCUGUUGUUUUUUUUUUUUUUUCAUUUUAGGAGUAAUUUGUCGAUUGUGUAUACGGUUGGUUGGCUCAUAGUUGCGUAAGAAGGAUUUUUUUUUCCUUUUUUGGUCAAAAACGUGAGAAGGAUUUUUCACUCUGUAAAUCUUUCAAUGAAAAGCGGUGAAUGCAGGAUUUUUGGUUUAUAA